CUGAGACGAUUACCUGUGGAGGGAUUUUCGGCUGGACUAGUAAACGAUGACGAUAUCUACAACGAAGGCGGAUUUUUCAAGGCAAUACUAGAUUUUCCCAAGGACUAUCCUCAGAAACCACCGAAGAUGAGGUUCGUAUCCGAAAUCUGGCAUCCAAACAUUGACAAGGAUGGUCAUGUCUGCAUUUCUAUUUUGCAUGAUCCGGGAGACGACAAGUGAGU